CACAGGAGAGAGUUAAACACGGAAAUCUGAGUCUCAGAACAUAACCGCCGCUACUAAAUUGAAUGACCUAAAGUUAACACAUAGUUGCAGCAUCCAUCCACUGUGCGCUUUUACGCAAUCCCUUUUAUUGGCCUUCGGCACAGUAGGACAGUGGCAUCAGAGGCGCAGAACAGAGUUUACCAUGCACUCUCUCAGGCUUGACUGACUACAUGACAUACGAGAUGAAGGCUGUUUUCUGGGGGGUUCUCCUCGCCUGUGUGGACUGGGGUUGGGGCCAGGAGAAUCUCACAUUUGAUGGAGACGUCCGCGACUUUGCCAUUAGUGACCGAUCCGUAUACGUCGUUACGGAUGACCGACUCUACCAGCUGAACCAUGAUUUUACCAAAGUUAUAAAGAGGGAUACUCCGAAUGUAGUUUAUCCUAAACAAGAAGCACCUCUUUCCAAUGAAACGUAUCCAUUUAAGGUAAACAUUUUACUGCCAUUCAUCAAAAACAAGACCUUGAUCACCUGUGGAACCACAAAAUGCGGCUACUGUGAAAUACUGGAUCUCAACGAAAUCUCGAAAUCUGUGCAUUCGGAGAAUAUUGAAGUGGGUUCAUUGGACCCUGGAGAUUCAACCAUUGGCUUUAUUGUUGAUGUCGGGACGAACUCCUACAUUAUGACUGGAAGGCUGCAGAGCCGUGUGCGUAAAGCGUGUGCGAAUUCAGAUCAGUUGCUUGACCUACGGAAUACACUAGAAGGACAGCAUGGGGGAAUCUUUUCUGAUUCAGAUGAGAGUACGACUCCGUAUAUUGACGCCAGACAAAAGGAGAAGUUUCAGUUUGUGGACGGCUUUCAGAGUAAUUCACACAUCUACGUGUUCUCGAACGUUCCCCAAGAGCGUCAAGUUCGAGUUAUUUUGUUCAAGAGCGAGAACAGUAAAACAAAUACUUUGAGGCACUUCCAAGGUGCAACACUCAAAUGCUGUGGAAACACGGAGCGGCGGGAGCUCCUGUCUUCCUCUGUGAUUCAAGGUUCUGGUGGGCUCCAUGGGCAGGUGCUCUGGGCAGGUGUGUUCACGGCUGGUAACACAAGCGACCCCAUCAACACCGUGCUGGCCAUCUAUAACAUCAGCUCUACAGGGCCUCAACUCAAAUACAAUGACCCAGACUUCUGCUAUAAAGGCUGUGCAGAGGCAUUGCCAAUGGGUACCACCCAGGACCUGCAUCCAGAAGCAGUGGUGUUUAGAUACAGCUCCAUGACAUCAGUGUUGGCAGUGAGACACAACUCCUGGCUGGUGUUCUUCAUUGGGACAGGAGACGGACAACUCAUCAAGCUUGCUGUAGACAAGGCCUACAAACCUGCCUGUCCCAGAGUGCUCUACAAUUCAGAUGACGACCGCCGUGUGUUUCCCAAGAUGCACCUGGAUCCAGUGGACCGCAAACAUGUGUACAUGGCACUGAGGAACCAGAUGGUACGUGUGCCUGUGGCUCAGUGCAGUGAACACAAGAGUCUGAAGGACUGUUGGUCUGCUCAGGACCCCUUCUGUGGCUGGUGUGAGUCAAGAUGUUCGUUUCAGGGUGACUGCCUUCAACCUUCAGCCUGGAUCUCCAUCUCUGAGGACUCCCAACAACAGAACAUGGUCUCUUACCAGGUGGAGAAGAGCAGCAGUGGAGAGAGGAUCACACUCACUGUCAAGGUCCACCUGAAUGUGAAUGGGACAGGAAGUCUCACCUUCACCUGUAACUUCUUCAAUAAAAGAGGUGAUCUGUGUGACAGGACAAGCCCCGCUCCAGCUUUUCCGCAAUGCUCCUGCCUGUUCUCCAGCGACCAGCUUCCUGCUGAAGGUUUGAAUGUCACAGUGAAGAUAAGAGUGGGGAAGCAGAACCUUGCUGAGAAACUGAUGCUCACAAACUGUUCAGACAUCUCUGGACCACCUACCUCUGCCCUGUGUUCUCAGUGCAUGUCAGCUGGAUGUAGCUGGAGUAAUGAUGUUUGCUCCUGGACAACCAGGUCUGCCAACUCAGAACCCAUACAGGACGUGUGCAGACUCAGCCAGUCAGGUUUGAACUACUCUGAGCCAGUGAUCUUUUCCAUAGAGCCCAGUGUUCUGUCCUUCCAUGGGAGAAACCAUGCCUUGAUGAAUGGAGAGAACCUGGAUCAUGUGACCAAGGUUCGCAUCCAAGGGCACAUGAACUGCAGUCUCAAGGAGUCUCCAGUGUGGAACCACACUGGGUCCAGUCUGACGUUCCACAUCCCCAGUGGAGACAAAGGUUCUGUCAGUGUGUGUGCCGUGCUGCCAGACGGUCGCUGUCUGGGCAAGGCCACUGUCACCUAUGGGUCCUCACCAUCCUGCACUGGGCUAACACCAAGCACUACCUGGGCUAGUGGGAAGAGGAAGAUCAAGGUCCACGGGUCCCAUCUGGAGUUUGUGGAGGAGGUUGUUCAUGACCACGCCCCUCAGACCAUCCAAACCAAAUACAGCUCUGGGACUCUGUGGUACCACACACCUCCCUUUGAACACAUUAACCAGCCAGUCACCUCCACUGUGUCUCUGAGAGUGGCCAAUCAGACACUGGCCUGCUCAUCACAGCUCACCUACCAUCCCGACCCAGAAUUCACCAGCUACACCGCAAUCAAGACAGGAAAUGACAUGCGUGUCACCAUUGAGAAAAGGGCUGACAAGUUGAACAUCACCACAGAAGAGAUCUUAGUGUUUGGUGUUCAGGAGGAGAACCAUGAUGUAGAGUGUGUCAUGGACACCAUCGAGACGAGCAACGAGACUGACUCUGUCAUCUGUGAGAUAAAGAACACUCCCAACUUUAACAUCAAUUCACUGAGGAUAAGAGUUGGAAACUUCACCAAAAUACUUUUGCCAAAACAAGCUGCACCUUCCCUGCUAAUCAUCCUUGUGCUUAUACCCAUCAUCAUUGUGGUCAUUGUGGGUGCGGUGUUGUAUUCCUACAAUAAACAGAGGAAAAUGGCAGCACAAAUGAACAAGCAGCUGGAUCAGCUGGAGUGUGACAUCAGAAAUGACAUCAGACAAGGAUUUGUGGAUAUGCAGACGGAAAAGUGUGAUUUAAUUGAGAACGUUGGAGCCAUCCCUUUCUUGGACUACAAGCACUUUGCUUCCAGGAUCUUCUUCCCUGACGGUGGACCUGUGAUGACCUCCUGUAUCAAAGACAUUGGCCAGGACGCGGUGAAGGUGCAGCCAGACGAGAGCUGUCAGGCCCUGUCCAGACUGAUCCGGGAUCAAGUGUUCCUCACCUCCUUCGUCCACGCUCUGGAGGAGCAGAAGAACUUCAACGUCAAGGAGAAGUGUGCGGUGGCCUCCCUGCUGACCGUGUCCCUCCACGGUGACCUGCCCUACCUGACCCAGGUGAUGGAGGAACUACUCAGGGCUCUGAUGGAGCAGCCCAGUAACUCCCAGCCCAAACUCAUGCUGCGACGCACCGAGUCCAUCGUAGAGAAGCUUCUCACCAACUGGAUGUCCAUCUGUCUCUACGGCUUCCUCAGGGAGAGCGUGGGCCAGCCCCUUUUCCUGCUGGUGUGUGCCCUGACCCAGCAGAUGUCUAAAGGCCCAGUGGACUCAGUCACAGAAAAGGCUCUUUACACACUUAACGAAGACUGGUUACUGUGGCAGGCUCAGGACUUCAGCCCAAUGAGGCUACAGGUGCUGUUUGCUGUGGGAACAGACGGAGAGGUCAGUGAGCCUCUGGAGGUCAGUGCUUUGGACUGUGACACGGUGGAGCAGGUCAAGGAGAAGAUCCUCCUGGCCUUCAAGACCAAGUUUGGCUUCCCCUACAACACCCCUCUCCGACAGAUGCACAUUGAGUAUGAGAAGGAUGGAAGGUUUGUCCCACUGAAGGAGGUGGAUGCCAGCUCAGGGGUUCUAGGAGAAGUGACCAUGCUCAACACACUCAAGCACUACAAGGUACCGGAUGGAGCGUCCAUCAAAGUGCUCUCUAAGACCCAUCCCAGUCUGAGUCCUCAGAGCAGCCUGAAAGACGAUCAGAACUACUCCACAAAGUACUUCCAUCUGAUUGAUCCUGACAUUGACCAGGACCAAAAGAAGAACCCGGAGAGGAAGAAGCUGAAACUGAAGGAAGUGUACCUCACCAAGCUGCUCUCCACCAAGGUGGCUGUGCAUUCGUUUGUGGAAAACCUGUUCAGAACGAUCUGGGGAACCCCUAACCUCAAAACCCCGCCUGCCAUCAAGUACUUCUUUGACUUCCUGGACGCCCAGGGAGAGAGCAAGAGGAUCAACGAUUCAGAUGUACUACACAUCUGGAAAACCAACAGCCUGCCCCUGCGGUUCUGGGUGAACAUCCUGAAGAACCCCCAGUUUGUGUUCGACAUGGAGAAGACCCCGCCUCUGGACGGCUGUCUGUCCGUUAUUGCCCAGGCCUUCAUGGACUCCUUCUCCCUGGCUGAGAAACAGUUGGGCAAGCAUGACCCAACCAAUAAACUGCUCUAUGCCAAAGAUAUCUCCCAGUACAAGCAGGAAGUAAGGGCUUACUACAAGCAGGUCAGGGACCAGCCACCAAUCAGCAGCUCUGAGUUCAAGGAGUUCCUGCAUAAGGAGUCAAAGAAACAUGAAAACGAAUUCAAUGAAUCUGCUGCCCUCCGUGAACUCUACAAAUACAUGCAGCUGUACUUUGAUGAGAUUAAACUGAAGCUGGAUCAGAACGGCGCCCCCGUGGAGUUGAAAGAGCAACUGCAGCAUGUGAAGAGCCUGUUUGACAGCCUCAAGAGCUGUUCCUGGAACUGAGCUCACUCCCUCCCCUUCGACGUGCUGAAGGCCAGAAAGCUGCUCUAAGUACCGAUGACCACCCCCCGCUUUGUGAUUCUAAGAUGGAAUAUGUCAGGAGACACAGGGAUUUACAAUUCAAGAAAAAAAUCAAAUAGGGAGGCUUUUCAGAUUACUGGGAUGAACCAAAUGAUGGCAGGUCACAUUCCAGACAGAUAUUUACCCAGAAGCAGCGAAUAUACUCUUAUUCUGAAGCUGGGACCUUUGUUUCCUCAACCAAAACUAAAAGACUAAAGAAGAGUUCAGCAGUUCUAGAGUUAAUGGUUCACACAAGUAAAGCUCACAACAACAACAAAUAUGUACACAACAUCAGUAAAGCAUAAACAUUUAUUUGUAUGAAUUGCAAAUAUAAAAACAAUUGUAUAAAUGUUGUGCAAGUCACAGCUCUUUAGAUCCAUGAAACCAACCUUGUUUUUUUUUGUUUUUUAAAUACAAAUGCCUUUGGGACUAUCACGCUUUUAAAGUUUUAGAGUGAUGGUCUUAGCGUAAACAUUUGAUACAAAUCUCACAACAGUCAAUUAAAACUGAGGAAGUCAUUGGUUGGCCAUUGAAAUCAUUAUUUACAUAGGCAUCAACAGCCAAGGCAUGGAAGGACUAGAGUACUGUUACUCAACAAGGAAUGUAAACAUUGAAUCCAUGUAGUUCUCUUUUCAUUUGACAUCUUUUGUGCCAAUAAAAUCAAACUGUUUUUCACAAAA